GCUCCAUAUCUAUCUAUGUAUAUAAGAUGCCCGACAGUGCUACGCGGGCAGUCGCGUCGCGUACGCAGAAUCAGUGACAUGUGUCUCAUUGUAACAUUGGCGGUGCUCGCUUUCGCAAAUGCCCAUGCCCGUCCCGACGUGCCGGAGUGUUCGGUGCGCGCGUGCACCGAGGCCGGCUGGGUGUGCGGCUCCCGGCGGCUGGGGGAAAAUGGACUCGAGUACGCCAGUUUUCGAGGAGUGCCAUAUGCUAAGCAGCCCCUUGGGGAACUCAGGUUUAAGGAGCUGCAACCUGUGGAGCGUUGGCGCGGCUUGUACGAUGCGACAGAGGAGGGCCCCAUUUGUCCGCAGCGCGACGUUUUGUACGGCCGCAUCAUGCAACCGCGAGCAAUGAGCGAGGAGUGCAUACAUGCAAACAUUCAUGUACCUCUUGAAAACUUGCCUGAUUACCACGACCGGGUUAUCGGUUUGGAACCUCCCUAUCAAAGCGGUCUCGACUCUGAAGAAAACGCUCCGAGCGGACUGCCUGUGGUGGUAUUCAUCCAUGGAGGUGGAUUCGCAUUUGGAUCUGGGGACAGUGACCUGCACGGCCCUGAGUACUUGAUCAGCAAGCGGGUCAUUGUGAUAACGUUUAAUUACAGACUAAAUGUAUUCGGCUUUUUAUCCCUGAACACUACAAGUGUCCCUGGGAACAAUGGGCUCCGGGAUAUGGUGACACUGCUGCGAUGGGUGAGGAGAAACGCGAGAGCUUUUGGCGGGGAUCCUAACGACGUGACGCUGGCCGGCCAGAGCGCGGGCGCCGCCAGUGCUCAUCUGCUUUCAAUGUCUGAUGCGGCAGAAGGAUUGUUCAAACGGAUAUGGAUAAUGAGUGGCACGGGCCCAACAAAUUUCUUCACCACCACCCCAGCAUACGCACAAUUUGUGGCCAGCACCCUGCUCACCGUUUUGGGUAUCAACUCUACAGACCCCGAGGACAUUCAUCGACAACUGGUCAAUAUUCCACUUGAGAAAAUCGUUGAUGCCAAUGGUUAUAUGUUGGACCUUCUAGGCUUGACCACCUUCGUUCCAGUCGUUGAAUCACCGCUACCAGGAAUAACUAGAAUUGUGGCCGACGAUCCAGAGGUUUUGGUAUCUAAGGGACGUGGAAAAGAUAUCCCUAUAGUUAUAGGAUUCACAGAUGCAGAGUGUGAAACAUUUAGAAGUAGAUUUGAGGCUGUCGAUAUAAUAUCACAGAUAAACACACAUCCGAUGCUGGUAGUUCCUGCUCAAUUGAUUUAUACAAUGCAAUCGAACGAUGUCCAAAGAAUAUCAAAUGCGAUUCAUGACAGAUAUUUCAAUGGAACUGUGAAUAUGGAUGACUUCGUAAGACUGUGUUCUGAUAGCAAUUUCGUAUAUCCUGCUAUAAAAUUAGCCACAACUAGGGCCAGUAUUGGAGGAGCUCCUGUAUUUCUCUAUCAGUUUUCCUAUCAUAAUGACCACAGUGUUAUAAAAGAAGGUCUUGGAAUAAGCUUUAAGGGAGUAGGACAUAUAGAAGACUUAACAUACAUUUUUCGAUCUAAUUCAAUUUUGGGCAGGGAAAGUUAUAUUUCCAAAGAUUACCAAGAGCCCAUGAAAGAGUGGUUGACGGCGUUCUUUACGAAUUUCGUAUAUACGAGCCAACCAACAAACAGUGUGUAUGAAGAGGACAACGUCUGGCCGGCACUGAGAGAGGGUGAACUGAAAUACCAAAACAUCGGUACCCCUGGACUUUAUUACUACGAGAACGCAUCAGACAAGCUCCGAGAUAUGAAGAAUUUCUUCGAUUCUCUAGUUAACAGCAAAUGAACGUGCAACCAAAGGCCAUUCAGGUGGAAAUGUUAGAUUAAAUGUGUUGUGAUAAAAUUUGUUAAGUAAGAGAUAAGCUGGUGAUGAUCAGAGAGAUGACUUCAAGAACGUAAUUUCAGAUUUAUUUAUAAUACAAGAGUGGGAAGGCGGUUCAUAAGUUUGGAUGAUCCGACUAAUGGUAUAGAUAUGACUGCUACAACAUGAGCUGGAUUCACUAUGGGCAGUGACUACUGAAGUCUGAGAACGACAGCUUACGCGCGUCGUCAACACUUGCAGGGUGAAGAACUUGAUUCAAACUAGAACACAGCAUGUGAGCAAACUGCUUAGUGGCAGAAUAGGUGGGACAGUAACGUCCUCUACUCUCUUAGGAUGAGAAUUGCGCCGAUAACAAUUUUGAAAUUGCAAAAUCCUUUAGAGGGUUCAUAAUUUAGUUUGUACAAUUACUACUAAGUUUAAGAUGUAAUGAAGUAAUUAGUUCGGGGACAGGAUGAAGGCGUCAAUUUACUAAUGGAUAUCGUCAGGUGGUAUAUGAAAAUCAUAAUUGAGAAUAUCGUGUGUGACCAAUAUCUAAAUAUAUUUGGGAUCACUCAUUAAUUUUGUAUAUAACAAGUUAGGGAUACGGUUAUUAAGGAUUCAUGUCAGUUUGUCAGCAAUAUUAUGUAAAGUUCAGAGCAGUUUAUGGUCUAAUGUUAUACGUAGCGUGUGAUACGAACUCUAAGUGUACUUUCUAUGUAGUUUUUUAUUUAUUUACUACUUGUAAAUUUUUGCUAAGAGGAAAAAAAUUAAAAACUUACAUAUUUACAAAUUUUGUACAACAUUUUAAAAAUAUAUCUAGUUUGUCAUUAAAUAUGUCAAUAUCUGGCCGCUGAGCAAUCAGAGAAUUGAGCAGAGAAAUAGCCUGAGAAGUGGGAGCAAACUGAGCAGUAUAGGUGCGAACUGGCGGUGCCGAUAAUAAUCGAUAAGCACGCAAUCGCAAAAUGAAUCUAUUCUGUUAUUAUGUAUGAAAAAUAUUAGAAUAUACUUAAACCAUAAAGAAACAAUAUUAAAUACAAAUAGACCAAUUAAAUAAGUGCUAUCGUAUUGUAAAUAUAUUAUUAAUUUGAAAUAAGACUUACUACUUAACAACAGUACUCGUAAAUAACUGGAAGUAUGAUCAGUGGCUGUAGGAAUUGUAUUUGUGAUAUAUUCAGACGGAGAGUGACAUAUAGUUUCUUAAUAACAGCAGUAUCUCUUGAUGAUAUUGAUCAAAGCAGCGUUUAAAUUACUAAGCUUCAGGUAUAAUCUAUUUUUUCUUAAUUGUUCUUUUAAUGAAAAUAGAUUUUCCUUUAUCUUUGAGGAGACAAAAUUAUAUAUUUAUACUACAGAACUGUAUUGUAGCGUAAAAUGUAAAGUGUCAGUUUAGAUUUACAAUAAUAGUACUGAAUUGAAAACACGAAAAAAAAAAUACACUUAAAACAUUUUUUUUUAUCGUAUAGACUGUUAUUUCACUAUAUUUAUUAAAGAAAACACGAAAAUUGUCAAAACAAAUAAAAAAAUGGAUUGUAGACAAAUUCUUUCGAAAUAUCCUUUAAAUAAGGAUGCUAGUCUUGUAUUUAUUUAAUAAGUUAUUAUGUAGGUAAUAACUUAAUUAUUAUAUAUAACUGUGAUUUUGGCUGAAUAGGUAAUAAAAAAUAGAAGAUGCGUUACUAGCUGAUUUUCAAUAACUUACAACUGAUUUCUUUUUGUUUAUGUAUAAAUAAAAUAAUGAAUAAAUUAUUAUGAAUCAUAAUACAUUACGAUUACUUACAUAAGCUUCAGUCUUUGUGGCAUUUAUUUAUUCCGAAGUAGGACUGAUAAAAUUAAUUAUAAUUAUUUAUAUUACAUGUGUAAAAUAUGUAGUGUGUACGUUGUGAUUGCUUUGAUUGAGGAAACGACACACAAUAUGCCCGGAUACUAAUAAAUGGCACGAAAUAAAAGUGUGGAAUCGUA